CGUCCAUCGGGCCAAAAAUAGGUCGCUUGGUCGUCGAUGCCAACGUCGAGGCUCGGCGAUGGGGCCUCGUCCACCGCACCUUUGAAAGGGUUGACAAGCCGGUCCGGAAGCAUCAAGGAGACUGCCCGACGGCUCGAUGGCAAAGCGCUGCCACUCUUUGGUCGCCAAGGCUCCGUGGUCACCGCCAAAGGCGAUGGCCGCGGUAUCAAGAGCAUGCCAUCGCGCGGGGUCAAGACAAGCCACUAUCUCCACAUGGCACAGAAAGGUCCGCCCGACGUCAAGCAGCUCAUGGAGGACGUCUACCUCGAGAUGGAGCGCCAGCGGACCCAAGGGCUUUUGAAAAUCCCGCUCAAAUUUACCGAUUUUUACAACGCCGACAUUAUGGUGCUCUUCGUGCACGCGGCCAUGGACCACGUCGACUCGAUCGUCGGGCUCAAGCUCCUCGAGAAGAACAGCGCGGCGAUGCCCGAGGGCCGCCUGCGCGCCAAUCAGCUGCACGCGGAGACGCUGAGCCACCUCGCGACGAGCUACUCACGCAUCGUGUUGCACUGCAGCAACUUUGAGCGCCAAAAGGAAGACGAGAUCUUCUUCGAGUGCGUCUACUACUUUGCGUGCGCGAUCGUCAAGAUCCUCCACGCGAGCGAGCACUGGCAAACCAUCGAGGAGGAGCUCGGCUACGCCUUCCGGGGCGAGUCGUUCAACGUCAACGGCCGCGGACAUUUGCGCGUCGAGCCGGUCGAGGCCAAAUUGCCGCCGCCGCGCUUUGGCGCCACGGCCGAAGCGGCCGAGAACCUCCGGUUCGUCACCGCGAGUACGAACGAGCGCUACGGCGCCUUUAUCCAAAUGGUCGGCGUCAACUCGAUCGUGUCGCGCGUCGACAGCACAAAGGCGCGCGUCGACGCCAACUUGCGCAUCGCACAGACGAUCCGCGACCGCAUCCACGCCGCGCACCGCGCCGAGUUUGUCGCGCGGACGACCCAAGAGCUCGAAUUCCAGAAACGCAACGCGACGCGCAUGGAGGUCCAUGGCCACGCGCCGUCCAAGCCGAUGCACGGGCCCAGCUCCCACGGACCGUACAGCCCCCGGCUCAACAUGCGCGCGACGCUGGAUGCGCGGUCGCCGGUCGUUGCGCGUAUCUUGCCGCCGCCGAGCGAAGCCGGGAGCCCGCGCAAACUGGUUGAAGUCCAGGCGCCGACGAGUGGCAGUCCAGGCCCACCGCGGGCCACGUCGAGUACCAUCCUGGACCGACGACAGGUUGACGUUAUGUACCGGUCGUUACCCUCGCAACCUCAGUAAUCAAGCUUAAAAAGGCAAAUAUAUUAUCAACUAAGUAUUACUAGGCCCUAAACCCACUUGCGGGGCGAGGACGUGGCCGCGGCCUUGGUCGUCGUCGGCGUCUUGGCGGUCGCCGCCGUCCGGGACGUCGCCGUCAUCUUGGCGCGCACCGACACGGUUUCGCCCGGGCCAAUCGAGUGCCGGCUCGGGCGCGUAACAGUGCUGAGCGCCUUGGCGCGGACCACGGGCACCGCAGCGGCCACCGACGCAGCGGUCGGCGCCGUCACCGACGACGUCGUCGGCUUGACCGGCAGACUCAGGCGCCGGCUCA